AAAAUAAAAUAAAAAAAAUAAAAUUUAACCAGCCAAUACACACUCAUCUCAUCUCUCUUCUCACAAUUGCACACAAAAAAAUCCAAAACAGGCACUGAGGAAAUCCUAAUCAAUAAGCCUAUACUCAAGCCUAAUUAGUAAUCUCUCCAGCCUUUACUCUCAACUAUUCCCAGAAUCUCUAUCCCUCACGGCGGCGGCACUGCAAGAAGCCGGCUGGCGAAAGCUCGGCGCCGGCGGCGAAGAAGCGGGAACUGCGAGACCGGCGUGCUGCAAGUGUGAGGAAGCGGAACUCGAGCGAACCCCGAACGGUUUCGCCCCUAAAUUACUGCCCGGCCCGCGAGAUGACCACCACCGCCGUACCCGCCACCGUGCACAGUAGCACCGGCCGCCGAGGUUCAGUUAUUCCUUUCUCGCGCCUCCCUAGAUUCUCUGUACGGCCAUCGCGAGUCAAUUUUAGCUGCAGAGUGAAGUGCGCCGUCCUCCAUGAGACGAGGCGCGACAGCCGGCGAUCGGUCUCUAUAUCGCUUGUUUUUCUCCAUUUCUUCUCUCUAUCCAAAGAUGCUAGUGGCGCCAGCAUGUUGGACAAAUAUGUGAAGAAGAAGAAGCUUGAUCCUCUAGAGGCUUACAUACCAGCAGUUAUAUUGACCGAGUUGCAGAUUAAGGAAUUAGGGAAAUAUCUUGAAGUUGAUCAACCAAAAUUUGCUGACUGCCGGAGCUUUUUAAGGUCUGGUCCUGCUGCAUCUUUGCGUAUUAAUAUUCGAGCAGUAGCACAAUAUGCCUCUGAUGCUGGAAACGGAAAAUCUGCUUUUGACGAGGUUGAUCGGUGUCUAAGGGCCUUGGAAGAACUUGAUUCUCUGCUUUUGCGGGCAUCAAGAAAUGAUUCAGGGGCCACAGUUGAACCGAUGAAACUGAAAGUUGUCACCACUAUCGACUCAUUGAACAGCCUUCUCAAAACCGUUCCAGCUGAUGUGCUGGACAAGGGGAAGGCCAUGGCCGACGCGUAUUUGGCCCCUGGAGACGAGUUAGCACCUGAAAACUUUGACCCUCAGUUAAAGCAGUUGGAAUCACUACUCUAAAUAUAUAUACUUUGCAACCACAAAAUUCACAUCCGUUGAAACUUUGGUGUAUUCUUUCUUGCAUUACAUUCCAAAUUUAUUUCAUAUUCAAAAGUUGAGAAAAAACAUCACCCAGCAUCUCGUACGAUGAUGGUACCUCUCGGAAAACAUUGCAAAAUACAGAUUCAGCCAAAUCAUGCUUUGGCGCUAUAUGGGAAAAUCAAGGUUUAAAGCUCAUGAACAAACAUGUAAUUGUCACAGCAGGUGAUACACAGAAAAUGAUCUAUAAAUAUCUUCUCUGCCUGAAUACCUAAAACACCAGCAUACAAGUUUUCCUAUAUACGGAUGAGCUGCAGAAGUGAAGAGUGCCAUGCUGCUAUGGAUUACGAUUCAAACCAAGUUCAAUUUGUUGCUUUUCAACUCUGCCUUCACAUCAUGCAGCCAGCCAAAAAAGCAUACCUGAAGGAAAAGAAUGGUCAGUCUUGGGCAGUCAAGCUUCAGAAUUUCCAGCGAACUACAUACAAUUGAUGAUCAAAUGACAAAAGACCAGGUAAAUCCUAACCCGAAACCAAAAGGCAUCAUAACAACAGAAAAGGGGAUAGGCACACCUCAAGUUAAGAAAGAACAAAUUACGAGAUAAAUCCCGAUCCUUCAAGUUUGAAGACAAGGAAAGGUUUAGAGAGGCUCCAGUGAUGCGUCACUAAAAUACUUGCAUGCUUGCAAUUUCAG